ACCAGCAGGGUGAUCUCGCGAGAGCAGGCAGUUUUAUCCCUACGUAAUGUGCCGUGCUGCUUAUGGCGGCGCUGGAGACAGUGCUGAGGGCUGUUGGGUAUGAAGUGAAACGUAACUGAUUUUACCAUCUGAAACUGCUGCUUCACGUUCAGAUCACGUAGAAAAACCUAAAUCAAGUUGCAACGACGCUCGAAGACAAGAAGAAAACAAGAAACACGCAACCAAAGAACCAAGACAGCCAGAAAGACGAGCUGAAAAACAAGACACAACGCUUGAUCUGAAACAAGAAGUGUGUGCCUACUCAACAGCUUCUAAAAAAGAAAAGCACUUCCCAACGCUGCUACUAGUCCUUAUUUCAUUCUCCGCGCUGCGCUGUGACACCUCGCCCAGUGCAGCAAGAACAGGACCCUUUGCUAGCUCCACUAGACCCCUCUCGUCCCUCUUCAUCUCUCUCUCUCUCUCUCCUUGCUAUUCUGUUUUGUUUUCAUUACAGCAGUGCUAUCUGCUUCGGACCCCUGCACGUACAAGACAUAUCAUACACCUGUAACAGAACAGGUGCUCUGCAGUGCUGCCCCGGCUGUUUGAGAUGGAGCAGCUGUACCCCGUUCCUCCAGACCCCCCUCUCCCUCCUCCUCCUCCCCCCGCUGCCCUGCCCUCCCACCGUUCCUCCUCCAUCUCCUACCCCAGCACCUCUGCUGCUGGGCGUAAAACCCUGAAGAGAACCGCCCUCUAUCAGAGAUCUAUGAGCUUUGAUCCAAACAUGCUGCACAGCAACGGGCACUCCGGCUAUGCCAGCGACACGGCUGGGGGCCUGCGGGAGACGGGCGUCAUCGAGAAGCUGCUCAACUCCUACGGGUUCAUCCAGUGCUCCGAGCGGCAGGCGCGCCUCUUCUUCCACUGCUCCCAGUACAACGGGAACCUGCAGGAGCUCAAGGUUGGAGAUGAUGUGGAGUUUGAGGUGUCGUCUGACAGGCGCACAGGGAAGCCCAUCGCGGUGAAGCUGGUAAAGAUUAAACCAGAGAUCCUGCCUGAGGAGAGAAUCACUGGGCAGGUGGGGCCGAUUGACACAAACUCACUCACCACUCCCCUUACUGUGCUGCAUGGUUUUAGAGAUACAGUUGUUUGUGCAAUUCCAAACCACCUGGAUGGAAAAUCCGCCCCUGGACAAGCUCCCACCGGAAGUGUGUGUUACGAACGCAAUGGGCGCUCUUCUCUGUGUGCACAGGAGGUGUUCUACCUGACCUACGCCCCCGAGGAUGUGGAGGGAAGCCUGCCGCUGGAGACCGGGGACAAGGUCACCUUCUUCAUGGAGACCAACAAACAUACCGGCGCAGUGAGUGCCCACAGCAUCAUGCUCGUUAAGAAGAAACAAGUCCGCUGCCAGGGGGUCGUCUGUGCAACCAAGGAGGCCUUUGGGUUCAUCGAGAGGGGAGAUGUGGUGAAGGAGAUCUUCUUUCACUACAGCGAGUUUAAAGGGGACCUGGAGACCUUGCAGGCAGGAGACGAUGUGGAGUUCACCAUCAAAGAGAGAAACGGUAAAGAAGUUGCCACGGAGGUGCGGCUGCUGCCACAAGGAACGGUUAUUUUCGAGGAUAUCAGUAUCGAACACUUUGAAGGAACCGUCACCAAAGUGAUCCCAAAAGUCCCCAACAAAAACCAGAACGACCCCCUCCCCGGCCGGAUCGCAGCACGGAUCUCCUUCACUGAGAAGGAGCUGUUCUUCGGAGACAAGGACACCAAGUCCAAGGUGACCCUGCUGGAGGGCGACCACGUGCAGUUCAACAUCUCCACCGACCGGAGGGACAAACUGGAGCGAGCCACCAACAUCGAGAUCCUGCCGGACACUUUCCAGUUCACCAAGGAAACCAGAGAGAUGGGCGUAAUUGCUGCGAUGAGAGACGGGUUUGGGUUCAUUAAGUGUGUGGACCGAGAUGCCAGAAUGUUCUUCCAUUUCAGUGAGAUUCUAGAGGAGAGCCAGCUGCACAUCUCGGAUGAAGUGGAGUUCACAGUCGUCCCUCAGUUUGUUCUGACCUCCCGGUCCGGCUCCCCUGUACAGGACAUGCUGUCGGCUCAGAGGAACCACGCGGUCAGGAUUAAGAAGCUGCCCAAGGGCACUGUGUCCUUCCACACUCAGUCUGAGCAGUGCUUCUUAGGGGUGGUGGAGAAGGAAGCCACUGGGGCCUCCUCUAAAGCCACCAGCCCUGCCAAGGGCAAAGAGAAGGAUGCAGAGGAGGGUGUUAUUGCAUAUGAAGACUGUGGCGUGAAGCUGACUAUUCCCUACCACACCAAGGACUUGGAGGGCUCUGCUAAUCCACAAGUUGGGGAUAAGGUUGAGUUCACGAUUUCUGAGGUGAAGCGAACGGGCCAGCAGAGCGCUGUGUCCAUCAAGAUCCUGAACCGCAGUGUCAACUCCAAGAGGCUGCUGGGAUACAUCGCAACUCUGAAGGACAACUUUGGGUUUAUAGAAACUGCGAACCACGACCAGGAGAUCUUCUUCCACUACAGUGAGCUCUGUGGGGAUUUGGAUGAUCUGGAGCUGGGGGAUUCGGUGGAGUACACCCUCUCCAAGGGCAAGGGGAACAAAGUCAGUGCUGAGAAAGUCACCAAGGUUACUGCAGUGAACGGAGCUGGCGAUGAUGUGAGCGUGACGGUGUGCCUGGGGAAGGUGGUGCGGCCCCUGCGCAGUGUGGACCCAACCCAAACAGAAUACCAGGGAGUCAUCGAGGCCAUUGAGGAAGGAGACAUGAAGGGCCAGAGCUUCUCCUUCGGGAUAGUCGGCAUGGCUCACAAGGCAGACUGCCUGCAGAAGGCGGAGACGGUGAAGUUCCAGCUGUGUAUGGUGAGCCAGACUGGGCAGAAGAUGGCCUGUAACAUCGUCCCUCUGCGCAGAGCCCCAGUGGAGUGUGUGAAAGACCAGUUCGGUUUUAUAAGCUACGAGGUUGGGGAUGGGAAGAAGCUGUUCUUCCACGUGAAGGAGGUUCAGGACGGGGUGGAGCUGCAGGCUGGAGAUGAGGUGGAGUUCUCUGUGGUUCUGAACCAGCGGACUGGGAAGUGCAGUGCCUGCAACGUGCGUCGGGUCAGCGAGGGUCCGAAGCCUGUGUCCACCCCUCGACCGGACCGGCUGGUGAACAGAUUGAAGAGCAUCACUCUGGACGACUCGAGCGCCCCUCGCCUGGUCAUCCUGCGCCAGCCCAGAGGACCCGACAACUCCAAGGGCUUCAGUGUUGAAAGGAAGAUCCGUCAAGCUGGUGUCAUCGACUGACCUCGCAGAGCGGAGAAGUUUUAAUCAUGUGACGCGCCGGUGUGGAGUACGGUUCUGGAAGUGGGGUAGAGCAGCGCACCCACCCAUCCCCCACCCAGUCCCAUUCCAUCCCCCACCGUCCUCCUGCAAACCCAGUCAUAACAGUGCGGAAGCAUCCACCUGCCUGCUCUCCUGAAAACCAAACCGAAAGCCCAGGAGCAGCUUGGGACCUUCAUAGUCUUGCAUAAUCGGUUUUUUUUUUUUUUGUUUUGUUUCUUUUGAGAGGGGGAAAAAAAAAAUCAGUGGCAUUGAAGAGCGGUGCUAAUUUUACUGCAAGACGAUUUCUCUUUGGUUUAGCUUAAAGCUAUGCGUUUGGUAUGUUGCCUUCUGGAAUUCUGCACCUUUUAAACGGUGUGCUUUUAAAAAGAGAGGGUUGGGGGGGCUAUGUUGUUUCUCUGGGGAAACUUCGCCGUACACAAUCCUCCGCUUUUUAGUAAAGAGCGGUUUUAACACUUUCGUGAUCGAGCCAGGCAAAAUAUAUCAUGGCGUCCUGAAAUCCCAGCUCUGAUUCAGUCCUAUUAAAGGUGAAGCUUUUUGGGGAUAAUGGACUUGAGUACGAGAGGCACUGGCACCUUCUGCUGCGAAAGGUACAGCUCUCUGACGUUGAGUUAUCCCACUCCCCCACAAUCAAGAACCAAGUGCUUCCAGGUGCAGAAUUUCACAUGGGGUCCCUGUGCCAUUUGCAUAACUUUUUUUUUCUUUGUUUGCACAUACUUGAUGUUUUUACAGCUUUGCUUUCUGUGUAAGCCCUUGUUUCUGCUAAUUAAAAAAAAAAAACAAAAAAAAAACAUACAAAAAUAAACAAAUCUUUAAAAAAAAAAAACAAUAAAAAAAAUAAAGAAUUACCUUUCCCAACCGGCACCCAAAAUCUAAAACUUUUUUUUUUUUUUUUUUUUUUUUGAAUGGGUUUUCGUAACCAAGAAAGCAGAUUUGCAACGAGAGAAGUCUGGGAUGAGCUGUAUUCAUGUAUGUAAUGUGUGCUUUAUUUUUUUUUAUCCUAGAAAAAGACAUCAUGGAACAUUGUAAACUUUCUAAAAGUUCAAAAGAGCAUCAGAAAAUGAAAGAUCAGGAAUCCAGUUUCUGUGGUUUCGGGGCUGUAUUAGGAUUUUUGUUGUGCCUCCGCUAACAUGUGGAGUAUAUCUGUUGUUGGGAGACCGCAUGGUUCUUACAGGAACAUGAGAGGCUUUCUCCUGUGUACUUUUGUUAAUGGUCUUGAAUGAAACCCAUUAGAAUAAAAAGUUUUACGAAAAAUUUUGAAACAAA